UGCUUCCACCCUGUUUCUCUCUCUCUCUCUCUCUCUUUCUCUCUCCUCUUCUCUUGUCGAAGCCUAACCCUAAUUCUAUCCCAAACUUCCCAGUGAUUAAGAGCUGAAUUCGAAUUCUUCAUGGGCUGCAUUUAGCUUCAGAAACUCGAGCUUGGAGGUCGGCAAUGGAGGAUCCGUCGGCGGAGAUGGAGAUUGGGACCUCCCCGGAGUCGUUCGGGAAGUUCUUGGACUCGCAGAGGGAGCUUUUCCACAGCCAGAUCGAUCAGCUCCAGAGAAUCGUCGGCACCCAAUGCAAACUCACCGGUGUCAAUCCUCUCUCCCAAGAGAUGGCAGCUGGUGCUCUUUCAAUUAAGAUUGAUGGUCCAAUUGCAGGAAAAAGACCUAGGGAUUUGUUAAAUCCAAAGGCUAUAAAGUAUAUGCAAUCUGUUUUUUCGAUUAAAGAUUCGAUUAGUAAGAAGGAAUCUCGGGAGCUCAAUGCUCUAUUCGGCAUUACAGUCACACAGGUUCGUGAUUUCUUUAACAGUCAACGGUCGAGAGUUAGAAAACUAGUACAGUUGUCAAGGGAAAAGGCCUUGAAAUCUGGUGAACAUAAAGAUUUGCAGGAUGGGGUCUCAACAAGCCCUGAUUCUUUGACACCAAGUGAUCCAGUUCCCUUGAACUCUGUUGGUCCCGCAAAUGUUGAAGAUGCACCAUCAUGCUCAACGCAGGAUGAUGCUCCUUCUGGAUUAGACGAUUUAGAUAAAUGUUUUGUUGAAGACAUUUUCAACCUGAUGCGGAAAGAAGAAACAUUUUCUGGGCAAGUGAAACUGAUGGAGUGGAUACUGCGGAUACAAAAUUCUUCAGUAUUAUGUUGGUUCUUAACUAAAGGAGGUGUAAUGAUUUUAGUAACGUGGUUGAGUCAAGCUGCUGUCGAAGAACAAACAAAUGUUUUACUAGUUAUCUUAAAGGUUCUUUGUCAUUUGCCUCUACAUAAAGCACUUCCUUUGCAUAUGUCAGCCGUAUUGCAAAGUGUUAAUCGACUGCGGUUUUACAGGACAGCAGACAUAUCAAACAGGGCAAGAGUUUUGCUAUCAAGGUGGAGCAAGUUAUUAGCAAAAAACCAAGCUUUGGAGAAACCAAAUGGCAUUAAAACAUCUAGUGAUUCAGGACAAGAGUUAGUAAUUCUGAAGCAGAGUAUCGAUGAAGUUAUGGGUGAUGAAUCGUGGAAGUCAAAUAUGGAUAUUUCUGAAGACUUCCUUGGAACACCAUUUGAAAGUGCAGAGAAUUUCAGGAAAGUAAAUGCUUCAGAACCCUUGAAGUUAUUGACAGCAUCAUCAGAUGAGUCAAAUAAGAAGAACAUCCUCGGUGUAUCUUCAUCUCAAUUUCGAGAGCGCAGAAAAGUUCAGUUGGUGGAACAACCUGGCCAAAAAUCAGCUGGGAGAAGUGUUCAGGCCACAAGGACAACACCUGUGAGUCAGGCUCGUCCAAUGUCUGCUGAUGAUAUCCAAAAAGCAAAAAUGCGAGCACAAUUUAUGCAGAGCAAGUAUGGGAAAUCUGGUUCAUCCCAUGAAAAUAAAGAAUUGAAGACUGAAGGUGUGAAAAAACUUAAAACUUCUCAAGCAAGCAUUUUGCCUGUGGUACCCAAAGUUCCAAUUCGGUCUAACAUUGAGGAACCCAAUAUACCUGCGACAUAUCCUUUGAAAGAGAGGGAAACUCCUAAUAGGCCCGAAACUACUAUUGCCCCAAAGCGGAGUAUGGAUUUGAAGGAGCCCAUAUUAGAGAAGUGCAGGAGAAUCCAGAUCCCAUGGAAGAUGCCUCCAGAAAUAAAACUCGAUCCUUCGUGGAGUGUUGGUGGUGGUGAGAAUGGCAAAGAAAAUGAAGUCCAGAGAAACAGAAACCGCCGCGAGAAGGAAAUUAUUUACCGGACAGUCCAGGAGACACCAUCUAACCCGAAGGAACCAUGGGACAUUGAAAUGGACUACGAUGAUUCUUUAACACCAGAAAUACCAAUAGAACAGCCGCCUGAUGUUGCCGAUUCCACUGAAACACAAGCUUUCCCUAGAGAAUAUAAUCCAGAAACAAUGGUCGUUCCUUCUCAAGGAGCAAACAGCGUCGCUUCCUUGCCACCGGCCUUAUCUCAAAUUAACAAAGCAAGCGCAGCUGAACCGGAUCUAGAACUGCUUGCAGUACUGCUAAAAAAUCCAGAACUGGUGUUUGCUUUGACUUCCGGCCAGGCUGCUAACUUGUCGAGCGAGGAUACAGUAAAACUGCUGGAUAUGAUUAAGUCCGGUGGGGCUGGUGUUGCCGGUAGUGUAAAUGGUUUAGGUAGAAAAAUGGAGGAGAGGGUCGAGGUUUCUCUUCCAUCUCCGACACCUUCGAGCAACCCUGGAACGAGUGGAUGGAAGGGAGAUGCUGGAAGGAAUGCAUUUCCCCAACAGAUGCCACAGGUUUCAUCUGCUCAUCGCAGUAUUCCGCCUGAACGGCUAUCAACUCCGCAGCCAGCGGUACCUUCAUACUCACCGGAUUAUUAUCCUAUGCAAACACCGGCAUCGGAGAUGACUUCUAUUACGAAGAACACACACUUUCACAACUUAUCGAACAUGACUGUGCCAUCAGUUUGGGGUGAGAGCACGAGCAAUGUCGAACGAGCGCCUCUGUCUACCUCAUAUAAUCUAGCAGAAAUGCAGCAGCCCUUGUUUUCGAAUAUGGCAAGGCAACAAAGACAACCGCAGCCGUUACAACAACAACAACAACGUUUUUCUACACCUACGUACUCGCCUAAUCCGCCGAUGGGAAAAGCCGUCCCUCCGUCCGAGUCGUGGAGAGCCAGGCAGGAUUUGACUUCAAAUUACCAUUACUUAGAGAACCAAAACCAGUAUAACGCAUCGCAUGGGGGACAUUUGCAGCCUCACUUGUCAGGUCCUUGGGAAGGAUAUGAACGUGUUGGCAGCAACCAAGAUUUCCAUUCGUGGAGUCCGGAUGAUGAUGAUAGUCCGAGUAGAAAUCCCGGCUACAUGUACGGAAGAGAACCCAGAACAAAUCCGGGACGGGAUUACACGUCAAGGGGAAGGAAUCCUGCCGGAUACCGCGGUCAUACUCGGCAGCGGGGGAACAGAUGGCCUAACCGCGGCGGAGACUGAGUUCCUAUAAUCCAGACUGGAUAUGUUACGAACGGACUUGUUCUCUCUUGCCCCUUCGUGGAUUAAGCAUUGGGACGGAUGAAUGACGUGACACGAAAGUCCUUACUCUCUCGAGUCUCAGUUUUGGAAACGAGUGAGAGCUUGUAAAAGCCAUUGUGACUGUGACUGUAGAUUUGAGAUGCUCAUAAGAACACUCUACUGAUCAUUAAUUUCAAUUUUAUUAGGGUGAAAAAAUAUUCUAAAUUUUGGGCAAACAUUUUUCUUUGUAAUUUUCACUUUCUAAAAACAAAUAUCAAAAUUCUAAAGCCUAAUUCUUUAAUUUGA